AUACACACACACAAAAAUAUACAAAUAUAUAAAACCAAAAACCCUAAUUUUGAAAACCAAUGAUGACAUGAGAGGAGCAUGGCUAGGGAACACGAAACGAGCGUGCAACCGUGGGGCACGUUGGAGGAACUGUUGCUAGCGUGCGCCGUUAACCGGCACGGCACAAAGAGUUGGGACUCCAUCGCCAUGGAAGUCCAGAACCGGACCUCCUCCGCCUUCUUGACGCCGGAGAACUGUAGGCACAAGUUCGACGACCUCAAGCGACGCUUCAUGAUGUCCGACAAGGACGACGAUGAAAAAUCCUCGUCUACCAUGGUCGACCAGCUCAAGAAGAUUCGGGUGGAUGAGCUCCGCCGCGAGGUCCGCCGCCGCGACGACUCGAUCGUGUCGUUGGAGUUGAAAGUGAAGAGGAUGGAGGAGGAGAGAGAGCGGAGUCUCAAGGAAGAAGAGGCGUCGGGGCCGGAGAAGAAGAAGAAGAAUCUCGACGGUGACGACGGAGUUACCGGAGCCGGAGACGGCGAGACCUCUUCGGAGAAUCGCGGCGGAGGAGGCGGCGGUAGAUCGAAGUCCGGCGACGACGGUUCCGAAUCGUGCGAUCGUGAGAACCGAUCCUUCAACGAGUCGAAUUCCACCGGUCAAAAACGCAACGACUUCCAGCGAAACGGCGUCGUAUCGGUAAAAGCGGAGCCGGGACCCGAACCCGAGAGGAACGAAUCGGAUCGCUCGGAAUCGGAGCGCGGGGGAAAAGCGGAGGAGGAUGAGGGAGAUAACGUGGCGCGGGGUGAGAAUAGCGCGAAGCAGAGCAGCGAAGCGCAGAGUUCGAUGAGCCUUUCGAAGAGAAAACGGCGUCGUGUUGGCGGCGGCGGCGGAGGAAGUAGCAGCGGCGAGGAACCCGAGGAGACGGAGGGAGACGAGGUUUCUCCCGCCACCAAACGACUUUCGGCUCUCAAAUCUGAGCCGUUCGUUAAGCUUCUCGGGAUCAUUCGCUCGCACCGGCUCGGCUCUGUCUUCCAACGCCGGCUUCGUAGCCAGGAAUCUCAAAGGUACAAAAACCUGAUCCGGCAACACAUGGACCUCCAGACGGUGGAAGCCAGACUAGAGAAAGGCCUCUACUUGGAUUCAUCCCUCAAGUUCUUUAGAGACCUUCUCCUCGUAUUCAACAACGGCGUCGUUUUCUUUCGCAAAGGUUCUCAGGAACACGUGGCAGCACGAGAGCUACGUGCUCUAGUGUUGAAGGAAAUGAGCAAAGAUAAGAAGCUAGUGAGAAGUCAAACGUUGACCGUGAAACGUGAAGAUCGUAAUUCAGUAGUACUCCCCAAACCCCAAAACAACAAUGUCAAGAAGUCUUCUAUCAUUGUUACGUGCGGUAAACGCGGUGGUUCAAGUACUAAAGCACUUUCUUCCGAAGUGUCCAACAGAAAGGGGUUUGAUCAUAAGAAAGAAAGAGUAGUGGAAGAGAAACAAAAGUCCGUUAAUGAGAAGAAGAUUAAUGGCUCUUUUGUAGCGAUUGAGGACAAGGGUAUAAGGAAAAAGAGGAGCCAAGAAAGAGUAGGGCGAAGAGGCUCGAAAACGGGCAACAAUGGCAGCGGGGAAAGUGAGCGAGAGUUCGGAGGGAAUGAGCUCAGUUCGCAUGACGCAUUGGAAGUGAAGAUGGACAAGAAAGAGGCCGUAAAGAAGAAGCAAGGCGUGGCGAGCUUCUUGAAGAGGAUGAAGCAGAACUCGCCAAAGCAAGCGGCGGAGGAAGACGUUUCGGAAGAAGAUAGUGAAGAUAGUAAGGUGGAAAAGGAGGAGGAGAAGAAGAGGAAUAAGGGUAAGUCGAAGAAGGCGAGCCCGACCAAGGAAAGGGUAACGCGGAGUUCUACGCAUGGUAAGGGGACGAAGGAGGAGAGUCAAAAGGGGAAGAGAGGGGUUGGAAGGCCGCCGAAGAGACCGGAGAAGGUGGUGGCUGCAAACGGGAAGAGGAGGAGAGACAAUGCUGAUCAGUCGGAGGUGGGGGUUGUUGGAGGGAGGCCCAGAAAGCGUUCUAGGAGAUGAGUAGAUGGUUGUGAUUUGUUGUAUAAUGUAAAUUAUGUAGUGUGUUUGUUUUUUGGUGUUUAUUUUGUUUGCUAGGACUAGGUGCAGAUUCGGUUUACAUUUUCCUGAACUUUUUACAUGCCCAACUAAAGGUCUGAGAGGAGAUCAUGGAGAGAGGGGGAUGUUUCGAUGAGCUUGUAGAGUGUUUGUGAAAGCAAUUUGCACAUAUACACAUGGUGGGUUGGGCUUGCGUCAACGGGGAGAUUUAUUUUGAAUCAGGAAAUUUAGAAGAAUACCAUCUUUAGCAGAGGGGCAUUAAGAUUUUUUGAUGUCUUUACCUUUUUACACUAUAUAUCGAAUUAAAAAGAACAGAAAAUAGAGGUCGUACAAAACUAAAGGGAGAAUUAAAGUGCGACGAAUUUCCUAA